AUGUCGUCGUUUUCUUGCUCCUCUGUUCAAUCAUCAUCGGCGUUUACGAGAGGGAGAACGACGAGACGAGAACGACGAAGAAUCGCGUCAAAAUCAUCAUUUCUCUUCUUGUUGUUCUUCUUCUCGUCGCUGCUUUUCUUGUCCUCGUUUUCGCUCGUCGAGGCGAAGAAGAAGAAAAAGAGCAGCAGGAUGAGUGAGGACGAUGGUUUCGAUGAUGGCGCGGGAGGAGGUUUAGGAGGAGAAGAGACCGCGAUGGAUGCAUCAAAUUUGUUCGCUUCGGUCUCGAAUCAAGGCUUGCUCUCGCGAAGCUCCGGGAAAGCGGACGAUUACACGGAAGUCGGGGAGACGCCGGAGAAUGUGUUAACCGCGGAGGAUGAGUUUUUAAUGCAAGACGACGGGACGAACGGGGAUUCACCGAAAACGGCGGCGAUUUUAGCGGGGGAUUUGAGCAUGGAUAUAGGGACGGCUGGGAGCAUCGGCGGAAUACCGGAGGAUAUUAAGAAAGAAAACGAAGAGGAAGAAGAGGAGAGAAUAGAGGAGAUGUUCGACGAGGAGUACGACGGAAGUCAUCGAAUGCACGUUCACGGACACGCGGGGGCGUUUUUGAUUGCAUUGGUGGUGUGCGCAGCCUUUGUGAAUUGGGCGUUCGGUUCGUUUUUUGUCGUCAAGACGAACAAAGACGGAUGGUCGAACUUACCGAGCUUGGAGUUAUCGCGAGACGCGAAGGUUUUGUUUAAUAGCGUUGAUAAGUACGAUAAGGUUUAA